AUGGAUGGCUGGGAGGAGGAGUGGGAGGCCGUCGCCGAGGACGGCCAUGAGGAGGAGGAGGAAGAGGAUGAAGAUGCCAGGUGGAGACGGCUGGAGGCGGAGGAGGCAGUUGAGGAGGCGGCGGCGGAAAAGAAGGAGACAAGGGCCCGGGCGAAGGCGAAGAGGGAGGUGCAGCAGGCGUGCACCGACGACGACGAAGACACCAAGGACUACUCGUCGGAGGGGGACACAAGCUACUCGGACGCGUCGAACGCCACUACCUCUGUGGAAGAGGUGAUGAGUAGAAAGCGCCUCCGUGAGGACGACGAGGCGAGACCAUAA